UCACGACAUAACUGAACGGAAGUCAUUCUAAAAUAUAUCGGCGUUCAUUUCUAAUCAUCUCACGCGUAUAUAACUUUAAAACAAAAAUUUUCUUUUUUUUCUAUAUAGUUACAUAUCGGAAAAAUGAUAAAAACAAACUUUUUUUUGUUCCAUAAAUUUUUUAAUAAGGCAAUAUGAAAAAUAAUUUUUUUUUUGAUUUUAUAUAAAAUUAAAUUUUUAAACUACAAAAGAAUUUUCAAAUUUAUUUUUAUUUUUAUAAAAAUAGAGUGAAUUUCAGUGCGUUUUAUUUAUGAUGAAUAAAAAUAGUGAAACUUUAUUUGUAAAAUGGUUUACAAUGUUUAAUGGGAAAGUGAGUGGGAAAAUAAAUGAGAAAACUAAACACUAUAUGUAAGAUGUCUAUUGCCUCGGUAUUAUUUUGACAGAUUUAUAGGCCAUGAACUAAGUUGAAUAUGAUUUAAAUAUUUACUUAUUUUUAGAAAUUGAAUAUUGCUGAGACAAAUGGUAAAAAAAUUAGAACGGUGGAGAACGUUUUCCUUUUUUGAAAAAAUUUUGACUUUUUUUUUUAAAAUUAAAAUUGAUUUAAAAAUUAAUUCCAGAACUUUUUAGAGUAAAUUAAACUGUUUUUUUUUGUGUGAACAAAAAAAAGGUGUUUAAAGUAUAUAAGUUUGAUCUGUGACAUGAAUGGAAAAUUCAAAUCGAACGGGAUGUGAUCGUUAUUUAAAUUUCUCAACUCCGACGACAAUAUAAAAUGCCACCUCGACUUGAUGCAGUUGAUUCGAUGGAUGUGGAAAAGCCGUCGAGGUGUUUGAGAUUCUUACGUCUACUAUGGAAAUUCUGCAAGUGCGUUUUCUCCCAUGUGAGCCUGGUAUCUCUCGUGGUCGCCUAUUGCGUUUUGGGAGCCCACGCUUUUGUAUCUCUCGAAGCAAACCAUGAGCAAGAAGUUAAAAAGAGCAUUAAACAUCUUCGAGGAAAUAUGACGCAGAAGCUGUGGAAGAUGACGUUGGACUCAAAGGUGUUAAUGGAAGAGAAUUGGACGAUCGGAGCCAUGGAUAAGCUCAAGAUCUUUGAGACGAAUCUGCUAAAGAAAAUGAAAGAGGAGGGAUGGGAUGGAAACGAGGAGGUGAAUAAUGUUCAAUGGACAUUUGCUGGAGCACUAUUUUAUUCCAUCAUUGUUAUUACUACCAUUGGCUAUGGCCAUAUUGCACCGAAAACUCGAAAUGGUAAAGUCGUAACAAUAUUUUAUGCCAUACUGGGUAUACCUCUGAUGCUCUUAUGUCUUUCGAACAUCGGUGACAUCAUGGCAUCUAGCUUCAGGUUUUUGUAUUGGAAGGUAUGCUGUUACGUGUGUACUCGACCUCCAAAGAAAAAGAGACCUCGUAAAAAUUUCUCCAGAGCACAAUCUGUCCGUCAAUCUUCAAGAUAUUCGGAAAAUCGAGCACCAUCUUUUCGUCGAUCUAUACGAACUAGUCAAAGAUCCGCUGAUUCGGCAUUGGGACUUUCUGGAAGUACAUUACGUACAUCGUAUUCCGAUACUGAAUGCAGGUAUCAGAUUCAAAGGUACGAUGGUAUUGAUCAGAGGAGGCCGGGGUCUUAUCUUCCAUCAACCGGAGCAAACUUGAACGUAGAUACUAGGCAGUCGACUUUCUCCAGGUAUUCCGAUGUUCCUGUCUCGUCUCCGAAGAUGACCAGAGGUCCCGCCAGGUUGACAACGCAAUCACUUGAUAGGCGAUUAUUGGUCAACCCCCAUGAUAAUGAUCGUUCACCUGUGUUCUUCAACAAGUAUGCUCUCGAUGAUUUCGAUGAACCAGUCAACGUUCACUCAAAAUGGAGGACUCUUACCACUGAUAGAGUGAAUUCAGAGAAAGCUUGCGGCAAAAUAGAAGUUCCGGACGACCUGGAGGAAGAAGAAGAAAGGACACCCACGUUAGUAACGAGAUCGUUGCCAAGAAGAUGUCUCUCGGUGGAGGGUGCCACGAAUAAUAGAUCCGGAAUGAACCAAACGGCGCGGCCUGCUUCAGUUUUCCUUGAGAUGGAUAAUCCUAGGAGGCUUCCCACCUCCACAAGAUCCAGACGUCCUCGAAACUACUACAUAACUCGACCUUAUAGAAGAGAAGCUCCAUCGCCACGAAUAAUGUCACCAAUGGGUUUUGCAGUUCACCGACAAGUUUACGCUGAUGAUUUCGAUGUAGAUUACGAUUAUAAUCCAACGGCUGAAGUUCAAGAUCGAAGAUCUGUGAUAAAACCAGUGCCAAUUUGGCUCUGUGUCUUUCUUGUAGUGAGCUAUAUAUUCGGUGGUGCUUUUCUCUUCAAUUACUGGGAGAAUUGGGUCUUUCUGGACUCAGCCUACUUUUGUUUCAUUACACUCACCACAAUCGGAUUCGGAGAUUUUGUACCUGCACGAAAACUCAACGCCGAGCAGGGAAUAGCCUUGUGCUCGCUUUAUUUGCUUUUUGGAAUCGCUCUACUUGCAAUGAGUUUCAAUCUCGUUCAGGAAGAAGUCAUUAAUAACGUGAAAAGCGUUGCGAAAAGACUUGGAAUUAUCAAGGAGCACGAUGAUGACGAAGAAGACGAUGAGGACGAUGAGUAUGAGUACGAUUAUGGGGAAGAUUGAGAAAACGAGAGAGUACCACCAACUCUCAACGGUUUAAGGAUUAAAAUCUCUUAAUAAUAUCUUUACUUCUUCUGAUUUCUGCCAACCGAGAUUCCUCUUAAUAUAACCUUUUUUUGCUCCUUACAACCUUUUCUUUUUUCCUCAGCCAAUGUCCUUUUUUGCGACUCUUUUUUUUAUCCAUAUAUUUAAUUAAAUUUUAUUUCUAUUCACAAUAA